GCCCCCCCCCCCAGUAAAAUGAGCUCGGAGGCCUAAAUAUAGGAAGCGGUCUGCUCACCCUUUGCUCUGCGACAUUAGAACGGCAGCAGAGCCAGGGCCUGAUGAGGGCUGUUGGCUGGAACGGGUCCAGUCUGGGGCGCCUAACUGUAGACCCCCUAGGUAACUGCUUAGGCUCCGCGUUCCCAAGCCAUGCCUGCAGGAGAUGUGGGAGAAGGCCAAGAGGAGUUCCUUUCUCGCCUGCAGCCCACCUACGGGCUCGGGAAAUAGACCCUGCCCAGGCUCCUUGUGGCAACAGGAAUGGGAGACCAGGCCAAGGAGGGUACAAGCACAGUGAGAAGGUGCCAUGAGUGUAGCAGCAUCGUUUACUCCAAAUCUGCCGCCCUGUCUCCCGCUCCAGGUACCUGCUGUGAACCAAUUGCUGCAUUCUCAGAGACCUAGGCUUCCCACCUCACCUCCCCAGCCAGGCCUCCUGGCCCCCAGUCUGCUCGUGGUGGCCUCCCCACCUGCCCUCUUCUCCUCCUGCCCUCCCCAUGGCCUGGACAUGAGUGGACCCCCAGAAGGGUCUGAUAGGGGAGGGGACCCCAGGCCCGGGGAUGCCUUUUGUUCCAGAGGGUCCCCCUCCCCUGGGCCCCCACAGCACCGGCCGUGCCCAGGCCCCAGCCUGGUGGAUGACACCGAUGCCAACAGCAAUGGCUCCAGCGGCAAUGAGUCCAACGGCCCUGAGUCCAGGGGUGCAUCUCAGCGCAGCUCGCAUAGUUCCUCGUCCGGCAAUGGCAAGGACUCCGCCCUGCUGGAGACCACUGAAAGCAGCAAGAGCACCAACUCUCAGAGCCCGUCCCCGCCCAGCAGCUCCAUCGCCUACAGCCUCUUGAGUGCCAGCUCUGAGCAGGACAACCCAUCCACCAGUGGCUGCAGCAGUGAACAGUCAGCCAGGGCGAGGACCCAGAAGGAACUCAUGACGGCACUGCGGGAGCUCAAGGUGCGGCUGCCGCCAGAGCACCGGGGCAAAGGCCGCUCCGGGACCCUGGCUACGCUGCAGUACGCGCUGGCCUGCGUCAAGCAGGUGCAGGCCAACCAGGAGUACUACCAGCAGUGGAGCUUAGAGGAGGGCGAGCUGUGUGCCAUGGACAUGUCCACGUACACACUGGAGGAACUGGAGCACAUCACGUCUGAGUACACGCUGCGUAACCAGGACACCUUCUCGGUGGCAGUCUCCUUCCUGACGGGCCGCAUUGUCUACAUUUCGGAGCAGGCAGGUGUCCUGCUGCGUUGCAAGCAGGAUGUGUUCCGGGGUGCCCGUUUCUCGGAGCUCCUGGCACCCCAGGAUGUGGGUGUCUUCUAUGGUUCCACGGCUCCCUCUCGCCUGCCCACCUGGGGCACUGGGGCCUCAGCAGGUUCAGGCCUCAAGGAUUUCACACAGGAGAAGUCUGUCUUCUGUCGUAUCAGUGGCGGUCCUGACCGGGACCCAGGACCUCGGUACCAGCCAUUUCGUCUCACUCCGUAUGUGACCAAGGUCCGGGUCUCAGACGGGGCCCCUGCACAGCCCUGCUGUCUGCUCAUUGCAGAGCGUAUCCACUCAGGUUACGAAGCCCCCCGCAUCCCUCCUGAGAAAAGGAUUUUCACCACCCGCCACACCCCCAGCUGCCUCUUCCAGGAUGUGGACGAGAGGGCUGCCCCCCUGCUGGGCUACCUUCCCCAGGACCUCCUCGGGGCUCCUGUGCUGCUGUUCCUCCAUCCCGAGGACCGGCCGCUCAUGCUGGCCAUCCACAAGAAGAUCCUCCAGUUGGCGGGCCAGCCCUUUGACCACUCCCCGAUUCGCUUCUGUGCCCGUAACGGGGAGUACGUCACCAUGGACACCAGCUGGGCCGGCUUCGUGCACCCUUGGAGUCGCAAGGUGGCCUUUGUGUUGGGUCGUCACAAAGUACGCACGGCACCCCUCAACGAGGACGUGUUCACACCGCCGGCGCCCAGCCCCGCUCUGUCUCUGGACCCUGACAUCCAGGAGCUCUCGGAGCAGAUCCAUCGGCUGUUGUUGCAGCCUGUGCAUAGCCUCAGCCCCACUGGGCUCAGUGCAGUCGGUCCUGUGACUUCCCCAGGCCCUCUCCUCAGCCCUGGCUCCUCCAGCGACAGCAACGGGGAUGCUGAGGAGCCCAGGCCUCCUGCCCCGGUGACCUUCCAGCAGAUCUGUAAGGACGUGCAUCUAGUGAAGCACCAGGGGCAGCAGCUUUUCAUCGAGUCUCGGGCCCGGCCCCCCCGGCCCCGCCUCCCGGCUACAGGCACCUUCAAGGUCAAGGCCCUUCCCUGUCAGCCCCCAGACCCAGAGCAGCAGGUGGCAGCUGCCCCCAUCCAUGCCCUGCUCGACUUGGCCCCUGAGGAGGCUGAGAAGAAAGCUGCCCCCACCUGCUCUUACCAGCAGAUGAACUGCCUGGACAGCAUCCUUCGGUACCUGGAGAGCUGCAACAUCCCCAGCACAACCAAGCGCAAGUGUGCCUCGUCCUCCUCCUGCACCUCCUCUGCCUCUGACGAUGACAAGCAGAGGACAGGGCCCACCCCCGUGGGGGCCAAGAAAGGUCCAUCGGCGGCGGCGGCAGUGUUGUCUGGGGAGGGGGCCACCCCAGUGGCGGGAGGCCCCCUGAGCCCGCUCGCCCUGGCCAAUAAGGCGGACAGCGUGGUGUCUGUCACCAGUCAGUGUAGCUUCAGCUCUACCAUCGUCCAUGUGGGAGACAAGAAGCCCCCGGAGUCGGAUAUCCUUAUGAUGGAGGACCAGUCGGGCCUGGCCCCCAGCCCCUCGGUAGCCCCCGACCCAGCCCCAGAUGCCUACCGCCCCGUGGGCCUGACCAAGGCAGUGCUGUCAAUGCACACGCAGAAGGAGGAGUGGGCUUUCCUCAGCCGCUUCCGGGACCGUGGCCGGCUGCGUGUGCCCCACGGCUCCUCCGUAGCACCACCAGCUCCCAGCGAGCGAGGCUGCCACCACGGCCCUGCACCCCCCGGCCGCCGACACCACUGCCGAUCCAAAGCCAAGCGCUCCCGUCACCACCAGACCUCCCGGCCUGAAGUCCCUUGCUAUGUCUCGCAUCCCCCACCUGCACCACCCUGUGCCCCCUGGCCACCCCCACCAACUCCCACCCCCUUCUCCGCUGUGGUCCAGCCCUACCCCCUCUCAGUAUUUCCCCCCACAGGUGGCCCUCAGCCUCUGGCCCCUGCCGCCACAUCUGUGCCCCCGGCCGCUUUCCCUGGUUCCCUAGUGACCCCAGUGGUGGCCUUGGUGCUCCCUAAUUAUAUGCUCCCCACUCCCUCCAGCUGUCCCUAUGGGGUAACCCAGACCUCUGCGGAGGGGCCACCCACCCCUGCCUCCCCCUCCCCUUCUCCAUCCCUGCCCCCACUGCCCUCCAGCCCUCCCCACCCUCCGGAGUCCCCGCUAUUCAACUCAAGAUGCAGCUCCCCGCUCCAGCUAAACUUGCUGCAGCUUGAAGAGCCCCCCCACAUUGAGGGGUGUGCUGGGGCAGGGCCCUCUGGGAGCAGUACUGGGCCCCCCCCUCCCAAUGAGGCAGCUUUGGAGCCAGAGGCCAGGCUGGUGGAGGUGCCUGCGUCCUCUAAUCAGGAUGCCAUGUCCGGCUCCAGCGACCUGCUGGAGCUCCUGCUGCAAGAAGACUCCCGAUCAGGCACGGGCUCCGCCGCCUCAGGCUCCUUGGACUCGGGUUCAGGCUCUGGGUCUGGCUCGGGCUCUCACGAGGGAGGCAGCAUCUCGGCCAGCGUCACUCGCAGCAGUCAGAGCAGCCACACUAGCCAGUAUUUCGGCAGCAUUGACUCCUCUGAGGCUGAGGCCGGGAUGGCCCGGGCCAGGGCUGAGCCCGGCGACCAGGUCAUGAAGUACGUGCUCCAGGAUCCCAUCUGGCUGCUCAUGGCCAAUGCUGAUCAGCGGGUCAUGAUGACCUACCAAGUGCCCUCCAGGGACAUGGCCUCGGUGCUGAAGCAGGACCGAGAGCGGCUCCGGGCCAUGCAGAAGCAGCAGCCACGCUUCUCGGAGGACCAGCGGAGGGAGCUAGGGGCUGUGCACUCCUGGGUCCGGAAGGGCCAGCUGCCUCGUGCCCUCGAUGUGACGGCUUGCGUGGACUGCGGGAGCAGCACCCAAGACCCCGGCCACCCGAAUGACACACUCUUUGCCGAGCUGGAUGCACUGGGGCUGGAGCCCAUGGAAGAAGGCGGAGGCGAGGGUGGUGGCGGCGGCAGUGAGGGCAGAGGGGGCGAGGGAGAGGGGCGAAGUGAGACUGGGGCCAGGGUCUCAAGCUCUCAGGACUUGGCCAUGGAGGAAGAAGAACAAGGUGAGAGCCCAUCCAUUCGAGCCUUACCUGCCCCAGAAAAUGGCACCAGCUAGAUUCCAUUUGGGGGCCACUCUAGAGACCCAAAGUUCUUAGGAACUCUGGUUCUCCAUGGCCCGCUCUGAGAGCUCCUGUGGCUGGACCAACCAGCACAGGAAAGAGCCCUAGCUUUUCCUGCUGUUGGGGGCUGGACCCCCGUCACCAGCCCAGGCCUCAUGGGGAACAGACUGCGGAGCUCAGCCCAGCCAGAAGAGCCUCACCCCCCUUCCGCUGGUGAGGAGGCCCCUCUCCAGGACACAGUUGCUGAAAGCUGCUGAAGUGGACCUUCCAAAUCCCAGCUGAGCCCAAGCCCCGGUCUUGAGGGUUGGGGCUACCCUAUUUAUUGGGGGAGAUGGCCCUCUCUCAUCUCCUCCUCAGAAGCCAGGGGACAAGGGUCUGGCCCCAGCAGGACCGAGGGGUCUGGACCCCUAGCUGCUCCAGGGUUGGGGGUAGGUUGGUGGACCAUGGAGUCCCUGGUGCUGCCCUCAGAUGGGACCCAUGUGUUCGCAGCUGUACCCUCUACCAAUGGCAUUUGUGUUUUUGAUAUUGUGUCUGUUAUUUUUUAAUAUAAAGAGCAAACAAGCAAA